AUGAUAAAGCUGCUGCGGGUCUGCUUGCUUCUCUGGGCCGCUGCGGUGCUGUGUGUUGCUACGGCGGCGCUGGCGAUAGAUGUGAACGUUGGCCGCGCGACGUGCGGCACGACGAUACCGAUCGACAGCCAGUGGCUGCUAGAUCCCGCGUGGUCGUACCAGCGGCUGGCGCUCGGCUCCUCCUCGCGCGGCACGAACACCGCCGAGACUGAUAUGUACCUCGGACGCAUGCCGAUAAGUGCUGCCAUGGCGGAUGUUCUGCGCACCGAGGCGGGGAUGAACCCGCGCAGCGUCGCCGUGUUCGAGCUGGGCCCGCGGCGGCAGCCGGCGGAUGACUGCACGGUCUACUGGCGCCCGCUCCAGGCGGCGAUGAGCAGCGUGGAGGCAACUGCGGCGCGCGUGCUCAUCCUCGACGCGCCGAACACACUCUACGUGUGCGCGCCGUCAACAGAGGUUGAGGUCAUUCUCCAUUCUGCCCAGACGACAUCGGUGCUUCUCCCGGCUGGAACUACAUCGGGUGCGGCGCACUCCUUGAGCUUCUCUACGAAAGGCCUGCGCUGGCCGGUAGAGUUCCGCGUCCCAUCAAACUGCACGGUCCUUAUGCUGCUGCUCGUCAACCGCCAGGGUACUAUUCGCGAAUGGUACGUCUGGAUCCCCGCAACGGUGUACACCGCAGUUAUGACACUCCUNGUCGCCGCCGUCGUGGUCUUCUCGCGUGACUUGUCGGCAGGAAUGAUCGUGGCGCUGGUGGCGCUUCUGUUUUUCGGAUACCUGGGCAGCUGCGUGGGCCUUGUGGUGGAGCUCUUGGUGUGGCAGACUGCCCUCGGCCGCAUGUUUCCCUUUCCCGACGCUGUCACGCUGUACUGCUGCCUUCCGAUUUACUACAUGCUACUGUUUGCAUUGCUCUUAGUGAGGUUACGUUACCGAGGCAUCCUUUUCCAUGCCAUGCUGAGGCUCUCUGUCUACGGCCUCAACUGCGCACUCUGCUGUGGUUACUGGAUCGCCGGGUACAUCGUACUGGGCUCCCUGACUCUGCUGCAGUUUCUGCUUUCUAACCUAUUUCUGUCGAUUGCCUACUCGUACUUCGUCAUCACCCUCGAGCGUUCCGGGUUGUGUGGAGAACCACUUUCCAAUGCAGUGGGUUUCCUCUGGGUAGCCCCUCUUACACCGUUUGCCCCAUGCGCGCUGAUGUACUACGAUCUGUAUGCCAUUGAGAAGAACGACCGGCUCGCCCCCGGCACCGCGGCAGCAGUGAAGGAGGCGGUUGCGAUGUAUAACAUAUUGACCUCUUUCCCUCUCUUGCUUCUGCAAAAUGUGUGGGGCAUCGCGCUGCUCGCGGCAGCAACGGCAUACCACAUGCCGUUUGCUGUUUCUCUCUUUGCGGUAAUUCUGCUAUCCAGCGUUCACUUUGUGCUGUUGGUCGAACAGUACGGUAAAAUGUACCGCCGAUGGCGCCACCACAGCGAUAUUGCGGGUGGAAAUGAGCGUGGACCUGCUUCUUCGUGUUCCACUUUCUUUUCAUGCUUCUCAUGCUGGGGCUUCAUGUGGUUGUCGGUGGGACGCUGCGUCCGCAACGGUCGGGAGCGCGCCUCGGCGGAGGCAGAUGCCGCAAAGCGACUCUUUGCAACUGUGUCGCCGAGCGGCGAAAGGACUGUGCGCAUGUCGCCAGAGUCUGCUCACUACGCGGCUGAGAGGGCGACGCCGAUGAGGACGGUAGGGAAUGAAAUGACGAACAUGCGUGUCUCCGCCAGGAGGGGUGACGAGCGCGUGUUGCAGAACGAUGACUACUGGCCCACCAGCAUUGGUCUCUGA